AUGUUUAAUAAUAUCGAAAUGCAGGAUACUGAAAAUACAGAUGAGUGGGUUACUUGGAUUGAAGAAGCUAUUGUUAAAGGAUAUUUUAAAAGUUAUGAAUACAAGCAUUUUAAUAAUAUUAAAGUAAUCGGUUCCGGAGCAUUCGGAAAAGUUUAUUGUGCAAAUUGGAAAGAUU